AUGGCCUCCGGCCCUAUGCCCGAUGAGGCAUUGCAGACCUUCAAGUUGCAGGACGGCAGAGCGCUGGCCUUCAGAGUGCUUGGAGCGCAGCUGCAGCCCUUCCAUCGUGCCGUGCUCUACUUCCACGGCGUUCCAUCUUGCAGUAUGGAGGCGGAGGCGUUGGACGGGGCGGGCAGGAAGCUGGGGCUGGCCGUCGUGAGCAUGGACAGGGCCGGCAUUGGCCUGUCCGACUUCAAGAAGUUCCGGGCGCUGCAGACGGCGGCCGAGGAUGCGCACCAGCUUGCUGGCCACCUCAAGAUGAAGCACAUCGUGCUGGUUGGGACGUCAGGCGGCGGCCCGUACGCGGCUUCCUACGCCUCCCUGUUCCCAGAGCAUGUCGAGUCGCUGGUGCUCAUCAGCGCCGUGGGCCCCACCGACUGGUCCAACCUGCCGCUGCUGCGCGCCAUGCGCGGCGCCGACUUGCUGCAGUUCAGCCUGGUGCGGCUGCCGCCCAUGGGCGGCCUCUGGACGCUGCACGCAGUCAUGGCCUACAUGGCAAAGAAGCACACCCAAACCCUGCUGGACCACGCGCCAGAGGGCAUGGCGGCAGUGGAUGGCGAGGUGCUGCGGAGCGACGAGCGCGUGCGCGACGCGUUUGGGCGCUGCCUGCAGCAUGCCUAUUGCCGCGGGGCUCGCGGGAUGGCGCAGGAUGUGCGCGUGCUGGGCGGCAAGUGGAAUAUCGACUUCUCCAGGAUCAAGUGCAAGGUGAUGAUCUGGCAAGGGGAGGACGAUCUGUCGGUGCCGGUGAAGCAUGCACAGUGGUGGGCCGACGAGAUGCCCGGCAGCCGGCUGACGUUGCUGCCCAACGAGGGGCACAUCACUGUGCUGCUGCACCACGGAGAGAGCAUCCUUGACACGGCGCUCCACUGGACCCCGCCGCGGACCCAGCAAGAGCAGCAGCAGCAGCAGAAGGCGCACCACAAACAGGUGCAGCACCACAACCGCCACAGCAAGCACCAUGCCAGCCGCCGCAAAUGA